AUGGAGGGUGAUGCUUAUCCUGCAACUAGAACAAGGGCUUGUGCUACUCAAGAAAAACCUUAUGGGCGUAUUGAAGAAACUGAAAUUAAGAAGGCUAAAAUCGUUGUUGUAAAAGAAAAAGAUGAAACGUGGAAGUUAAUCUAUCAAUUAAUAAAACAACAAAAAGGGCUACAGCAUUAUAUUUGUAAUGCAUAUAUUAACCUUGAAAAAAUUCCACUUAUAAUAAUAGAUUCCGGUUCUGCUGGUUGCAUAAUUACAUUAGAGUUACUUAAAGUUCUAGAAAUAAAAAUUACACAAGCAACUAUGGUUAAAAUUAGAGAAGAUCUUUAG